CCAGCAGCAGCCUGGAUGUCUCCGUGUUCUCAGCAGUGAGGUGGAUGCAGCUUUAGAGGGAGACAGAGACAGAGGCAGGGACAGAGGCAGAGGCAGAGACAGAGACAGACAUAGAGACAGAGACAGAGAUAGUGAUGCGGUGACACAUGGCUACUGGUGCCGCCUGCAUGUGUGCUCUGACUGCGGCUUCCUCUCACCAUUCACACGGAAACAGCAGAGGCUGCAGGAGCUGCUGGAGGCUGCCGCAACCACCGAACAGGAGCAACCCACCGAAGAGACUCUGAGGACCAGCGACCGGGGACCAUCAUCAUCAUCAUCACCAUCAUCAUCACUCUCUCUUCCUUCUGGUGUUUGUCGUUUGUCCCUGCCGAGCCGCCGUAGCCAUGGGUGAUAACAUGUCCAAACGGCUGAAGCUCAUCUCGUCUUCAGACUCAGAGAUGGAGGAGCGGUCUUUUCCGAACCCUUACCCGGACUGGGACCAGGGACUUCUCACUGCGAGCUCCGCAGCUGACGGACAUGACAGUGAUGACUUUGACGCAGAAGUAACGGCAAACGCUGCCUUCCAGAAGAAGGUCCAGACUAAGAUCAAAGAUCUCCUUCAGCAGAUGGAGGAGGGCCUGAAGACAGCUGACCCACAUGACUUCUCCACCUACACAGGCUGGACAGGUAUUGCCCUGCUGUACCUACAGCUACACAAAGACUCCAAUGAGGCCUCACACCUGCAGAGGGCGCUGGACUAUGUGAAGAGAGCCAUGAGGAUCCUGAAUGGCCGUAAAGUGACAUUCUUGUGUGGCGACGCGGGGCCGCUGGCGGUGGGUGCAGUGGUCAACCACAAACUCAACAACACAGCGGACAGCAAAGACUGUCUGUCUAGACUCCUCCAGCUGCAGAGGUCAGUGCUGAGUCCAGAUUCGGAGAUGCCAGAUGAACUUCUGUAUGGCCGUGCCGGCUACUUGUACGCUUUGCUCUACGUAAACAAAGAGAUGGGAGGCGACACGGUGGAUGAGAACAUCAUUACAAAGGUGGUGACGGCCAUCAUGGAGUCGGGUAAGAACCUGUCAGCUGAGGAGAAGAAAACGGACCGCUGUCCUCUGCUCUACGAGUGGCACAAAAAGCAGUACAUCGGCGCUGCCCAUGGCCUCGCUGGAAUCUACUACAUACUCAUGCAGCCAGGAGCAAAGGUGCAAGCAGACGUGCUGUCAGAGUUGGUCCGUCCCAGCAUCGACUACGUCCGCCACAAGAGGUUCCGUUCCGGGAACUUCCCGUCAUCCCUGAGUAACGAGAGCGACCGCCUGGUUCACUGGUGCCACGGAGCGCCUGGUGUCAUCCAUGUGCUCGUCAUGGCUCAUCAGGUAUUUAAAGAGGAGAAAUACCUGAAGGAGGCGGUGGAGUGUGCUGAGGUGAUCUGGCAGCGAGGUCUGCUCAGGAAAGGCUACGGUAUCUGCCACGGCACAGCUGGCAAUGGCUAUGCCUUCCUGUCUCUUUACAAGGUCACCCAGGACAAGAAAUACCUGUACCGGGCCUACAAGUUUGCAGAGUGGUGUUUGGACUAUGGCACCCACGGCUGUCGCAUCCCAGACAGACCCUACUCUCUCUUUGAAGGUAUGGCAGGAACCAUCUUCUACCUGUCAGAGAUGGCCAACCCUGAAGCUUCCUCGUUCCCUGCCUUUGAACUUUGACCUGCUGAUGGAUGUGUGUGGGGGUCCACUGGACAAUGAUGCACUGCAUUUGUUAUAGUUUUCAACCGUGAUCGUCGUGUUUGUCAUUGAAUGUAUCAGACUGAAGAUGACACGGGACUGAGCAGCAUCAAAGCAAAGAAAUGGAGGAUUAGUCUUGUCUUAGAUCCAGUGAAUGGAUGAAAGAGGAUUCUCAUGUGUUCAUCCUUCUGCUCUGAUGCCUCGUCAUCCUCUUGCAGUGUAAGGUGUUGGGAGGGAAAGACAAUGAUCCUCUGCUCAGCUCCUCAUCAGUGACAGAGGAGAACACACCCUGAGACCCCUGCCUUUAAUAUUGCAGCACCACGGCCAAGAAAGAGGGUGUGUUUGUGUGUGUGUUUGUGUGUGUGUGUGUGUGUGUGUGUGUGUGUACAUGUACUGAAUGUUUACGUCUGUCUUUUUGAGGACCAGUUGAUAGAGUGAGGUAAAAAAAACGGACCUUUUCUUGUCUUUUUGAGAGUUAAGACUUGGUUUCACUGUCAGUGAGGUCUAUGUGUGGAGGUUAGACACUUGAUCCAAUAUUCUCACGGAAACACGUGAGCGCCUCAGUUUCUUGUGCUCCUGUUGUGUUUUCAGUUCAAGUUAAAACUCGUCCUCUUCAGUUAAUUCAACAUGAAAUCCAUCCACUAAUUCAAUAAAGAAAAGAAAUAAAGUUGAAGGAUGGUGGAUGGUUACCAAGGAGAUGAUUUCAUCCUUAAAUCAAACAUUUUUCUAGCGACAAUUAUCAACAGUGUGGCGCGACCGAGUGUAAAUGAUUUCCGUGUGUGACCUCAUGAAGGCGUUUGGUGAGAGGGCGGAGCACAUAUCAAGCAGAGUUUUGCUGACAGCAGCUUUAAUCUGAAGUUAAGGGAUGAUGUCAGUGAGUGUCCUCACAGAGACAGAUGUCUGUGGUGUGUUUCUGCCUCUGCAUGCUCACUGUAAUUGACUGUAGGUGCUUGAUGGUUUCCUCUCCCUGGGUUUAGCAGCUGUGCUGUUGCAUUCCUCCACAUAUUCACUCGCGCCACGUCCUUCUCUCCAGUCAGAGCUGUGUGUUCGCUUCGUUCCGCUUCAUUUGUUUCAGUAUUAGCCGUCAGUUUGUGACUGGAUCCUGUUUUCAGACGUGCACCAGAGUCCACACCUUCUCCUCAAAGGGUUUGAAGGUUACCAGGUCUUUUCUGGGAAAUUUUGCUCCGGCUGCUAAUCACAUUUUGAGCGUUGCUGCAUUGUUGAAUGCUUCUGACCCGUGGCGUGUUCUUCACAUGCUCACAGCAAACUUCACAAAGUGUCUGUCGCUACCCAAACUCUUCUGUUGUGUGCAUGUGCAAAGAGUGACUACUUCCUGCUAAAUGAAUAUUAAAAAUAAAUAUUAUAAUAUUGCAUUUUUAAUAGUUAUGCUUAUGAAAUAAAUCCAUGUUUUCAUGUUCUUUCUUUUUAGUAUAAAUUAAAAUACACGUUUUAAUGCUAUGUUUCAUGGCAGUAGAAAUUCUUAGAAAAUGAAUUAUCUUUCAUUUUAGUUGUGUGGUUACACUUUUUCUUUAUACGUCUAAAACACGAGCAGUAACAGGAAGUAGUCGCACUUUUGCUCAAAGCAGUCUCGCGCUAACGUUUGCGGGUUGCCCCGCCUCUCACCCUAUGUCAGCUGGCAGAGGUAGAGUCUGUCGGUUACAGACAUGAUACCUUCAAUUACAUGAUGUCAUAUUAUUGAAGUAUAAUGCAUUCACCUGAAGAAGGAAGAUGUUUUUUCUUUUGUUGUUUUUCUGUCUCUGUGGUAAAAGUGAGGCGUUGUUUGUUUUCUUUUCACUCAACGGUUGUUAAAAUUUUAACAACCGUCAGUGCUUUUAUCAACAAAGCAAAUAUUGGGAGUUCGAUCUGAGAUGAGCAGCUGGAGGAACCAAAGUACAUGUAAGUGGAGAAGAAUAUUAAGGUGUAACUUGGUGACAUAAAUAGCAUCAGUAGCUGGUGACAGAUGUUUUGUUGCUGCUUUAAUUCAUUAUUGAAGUAAUAUUAUUGUUUGUUACUAAGUGGAGCAUCUCUGUUUCUGCUCUUUUUCCACUUCAGUGAAAUGUGGAAGUAACAUCGUCUUCCUUUGCGAAAGCUGUUUCCACCGCUCUCAUCAUUAGCAUCUAGUGAGUGUGAGCAGUAUGAGCUCAGCAUCGUAACGGGGUGAGACUUGAUCAAUGUUUUCUGGAUUCGCUUCAGCUCCAGUAAACAUUUUCUGAAUAUAAAUUCAGGGAUUGUUUAGCAGUUACUCAGAGUUAAUGACAUAUGAACCGUGUUGGCACUGGAGCAUAAUGUUAAGCUUUACCACAAGUAUUAAAACACUGUUGUAGUCCAACUUUAGAUGGAACUGCUUUGCACUUUAAAGUCAAAUGACUGGUGAUUAAAUUGGGUUGUAAGUGGUUUUUUUUUCUACCAUUUGUCCAUUUUAGUCCAAAGCUAUAAUCCAGUCAUGUGCUCAUUCAGGGUUUGUGUUGUCAGCCUGACACCUGUACACUAUAUCCAAUAAUCCCGACAGCACAUGAAUGCACAAACAGUAAAAGCCUAACUGUAGAUGUUGUCAUGAAUGUCAGUGCAUGAGCAUAAUGUCAACGUGUAUAAAAACUGUGUGUUUGUGUGUUUUCAGGCUCAUCAGUGGAGAUAAUGUCGUGUUUGACUCUGGUUCCUGUUUGUGUAUUUGAUUUGAUUCAGCCUAAUCCGUGUCUCUGUCUGUGUGUGUGUGUGUGUGUGUGUUUUCCCUUUAUUAAAUUGCUGCUUCAGUAACAGGAGUGACACGUCUGUCGUCCCUCGUCCUAAUUGUUCACUUGCUUUUUAUCCACAACUUACAAAUGUCAAGAGAAUUCAUGCUUCUCUGACAUGGUUGGAAAUAAAAGUAGCAGAACCUC